AGUUUUUUAACAUGAAAUGACUACCUGACAGAAGAGCAUUACAAUAAUCAUUUACUGAGGAGAAAAUAUAACUGUUUGUAGGCUCCCAUCUUGUCCGGUCUUCAGUCAUGAGUGUUCUCAGCGCUAUAAAACUUUACAUCAACAAGAUGAUUGACAAUUGUGGCAAAGGGAUGAAAGUGUUUUUACUAGGGAAGGACACCCUACCCCUAGUCAGCAUAACGUACGCACAGUCAGACCUCCUCAAGAAGGAAGUGUACCUAUUUGAGCGGAUAGAUAACUCUGCACGGGAGAGCAUGAAGCACAUGCGCUGCAUCGUGUUCCUGCGGCCUACUCCAGAUAACAUUCAACAUUUGUGCAACGAAUUAAAGAGUCCGAGAUAUGGAAACUAUCACAUAUUUUUCUCCAACAUAAUCCCAAAGCCUGACAUAUUGAAAUUAGCUAACGCUGAUGAACACGAAUGCGUGAAGGAGAUACAGGAGUUUUAUGCGGAUUAUAUUCCACUGCUUGACCAUGUUUACAAUCUCAAUCUCAAGAAAGUAUCCGCAGCAGUUGGCACCUCCUGGGACAGGUCAUGUUUAAAGCGCUCUGCAGAUUCCCUGAUAAGUGUGCUGUUAGCGCUGCGCAAAUACCCCGUAAUGCGGUACAGCGCCAAGUCGGAGCUGGCAAAGGGGCUCGUUAACAGUACAUAUGACAUUAUGAAGGAGCACAGUCAUUUGUUUGAAUUCCGGAGGAGUGAGACUCCUUUAUUGUUGAUACUGGACAGGAGGGACGAUCCUAUUACUCCACUGCUCAACCAGUGGACCUAUCAAGCAAUGGUACACGAGCUGCUUGGAAUAGAAAACAACCGAGUCGAUCUAAGUGAAGUCCCAGGAAUAGCAAAAGAUAUGAGAGAAGUCAUAAUGUCCCCUGAACAGGAUUCAUUUUUCAAGGAUUCUCUCUACUCCGAUUUUGGAGAGAUUGGUAUAAAGAUUAAGGAGCUAGUAGACAAGUUUCAGAAACAGCAACAUAGCACCGCUGCCAUUGACUCGAUAACGGACAUGAAGAAGUUUGUUGAUAACUAUCCUCAGUUUAAGAAAUUUUCAGGAACGGUUUCAAAACAUGUAGCGAUAGUGGGGGAGCUCAGUAGAAUAGUUCAGGAUUACAACCUUCUGGAAGUUUCAGAAACUGAACAGCUUAUGACUACUCAGGCUUCUCAUUCUGAAGUGCAACAAAAGAUAUCCAGUUUGUUGAGAAACCCAAAAGUCAAAGAAACUGAGAUAAUACGACUUGUAUUACUGUACUGCAUUUGUUACGAAGGACAGAGUGGUCACAAUCCAAGACUAUUUAUUGAAGCAAUGCGGAACCGAGGAGUUUCGGAGGCUAAAACUAAGUUGGCUACAUCGAUUAUGAACUACGGCGGGAAAGCAGUGAGAGGAGGGCAAUUAUUUGGAGAGGAUACUAAGAUCGCCAUGACGAAAAAAUAUUUCAAAGGAUUGCAGGGGGUUGAGAACAUCUACACGCAACACAAACCAUACAUGAUCGAUUUAUUGCAGCAAUUACAGCUGGGGAAACUCAAGGAAUCAGAUUUUCCCUGGCACGGUGGCUCGCCUCAACGUGUCGGUGAGAUUAUAAUAUUCGUAGUCGGUGGAAUAACUUACGAAGAGAUAAAGUCUGUUCACGAGUGGAACAUGACCAACCCUGGAAAUAAAGUUGUUCUCGGAUCUACUUGUAUCCACAACUGCAGAUCCUUCUUGGAGGCGAUAUCAACUCACUAGAGACUGUAAAUCGAAGCAGUGUUUAAUGGUAUAAACUGACGAUGACUCUUACGUGUCUUCUUUGUAUAGAUAACGACAGUCAGGGUCGAGCUUGUCAAUAUCUUUAUUGUGGACAUCCUCGAAGUGAAUGAUUGGCUGGACCAAGUGAAUUGACUGUAGAUUCCCUGCAUGAACCAUUUAACAUAUAAUAUUGAAAUACUUUAUGUUAUAUCAAGGACUUUUCUAAAUGAUAUUGGGUGCUCCGUGUGCCUGGGUCACUACUGUAAUAUAUUGUUACUGUUAAUUGAUUGGUUAUUGAAAUUUAGUGUGUAAUAUGUGUUGAAAUGUGUUUUUUGAGUGCUGUUGUUUCAAUGGUUAGUAAUGAGUAAAACAUGACAGUUACUAUUCCACCAUUUACGUUUAUUGAAAGAAACAUUUAUGUUUUGUACAACCUUGUGAAUGAAUAUCAGUACUUAAUAUAUGUUUGAUUUUAA